UCUCUGAGCGCUGCUUGUCCUGGGUCCGAGCAGGGGCCUGGGUGCGAGCCAGAGCGGGGAGCAGGAAGGAGCGCAGCAUGGGCCCCGAGUUCCUCCCCAGCAGGCCCCCCCAGGAAUCAGUGACCUUCGAGGAUGUGGCCGUGGACUUCACCUGGGAGGAGUGGGGCUACCUGGACACCUCCCAGAAGGAGGUUUACUGGGAGGUGAUGCUGGAGAACUACAGGAACCUGGUCAGCCUGGCUAGGCCUUGUGGGAGCCCAGGGGCCUGGGUGCGAGCCAGAGCGCGGAGCAGGAAGGAGCGCAGCAUGGGCCCCAAGUUCCUUCCCAGCAGGCCCCCCCAGGAAUCAGUGACGUUCAAGGACGUGGUGGUGGACUUCACUUGCAGGGAGUGGGGCUACCUGGACACUUCCCAGAAGGAGCUUUACUGGGAGGUGGUGUUGGAGAACUACAGGAAUCUGGUGUGCCUGGGCCUUGCGGUAUCCAACUUGGACGUGUUCUCUCAUCUGAAGUCAAGGGAAGCACGUGGGAUUCCAACGGGUAGUGUCUUGAGAACCAUCUGGCCAGAUUGGGACACCAGACCUCAUUCCAAGGAAUCAUUGUCAAAGAUGAGUAUUUAUAUGGAAACCUUAUCCCAGCAAACAUUGUCACGGGAUGAUCCGUGCGCCUCCAAGAUGAGGAAGGCCUGGGAGUGUUAUGGCAGUUUAAAGAAAAAGCAGAGCACUGAGCAGCAUCCUAGACUGGUAAAAGUAACGCAGACAGAAUUUCCCAGUAAAGUGAGAGACUUUGAAUACAGUAAAUACAGGCAGACAUCCAGCCCGGAGCCACUCCUUUGCCCACAACAGGGAGUAUCUGUAGUAAUGAAUCUCUGUAAAGGUGAUAUCCAGAGAAAGAGUUUUACUGUGUAUUCAGACCAAAGACAAUGUAAUCAAAUCUGUUCAAAGGUUAAGCAAUCUAAGGUUAACAGAUGUCAGAAAACCUUUGAUUGUGAUUUGGACCUCAUUAAAAAACAUGAAAUUCAUGUUGAAGGGAAACUUCAUGAAAGUGGGAAUUCUUUCCUCCUGAGUAAUGAACUUAGUCUACACCAGAGAAGUGAUAAAGAAAAACAGUGUUAUAAAUCGACUCAGUGUGGGAAGACAUCCUGUCAGAAGGCAGAUCUUACUCAACUCUCUAGCAUUCAGAGUAAAAACAAACCUUAUAAAUGUAGUGAAUGUGGAAAGGCCUUCCAGCAGAAGAUAAAUCUCAUACAGCAUUUCAGAAUUCAUACUGGAGAGAGACCUUUCGAGUGCAGUGACUGUGGAAAGGCCUUCCGCCAAAAGACUGAUCUCAUACGACAUUACAGGAUUCAUACUGGAGAAAAACCUUUUAAAUGCAAUGAUUGUGGGAAAGCCUUUCCGAGAAGCACAACGCUGACUCGACAUCAGAGAACUCACACUGGAGAGAAAUCCUAUGAGUGCAGUGAAUGUGGGAAGACAUUUGGAUCAAGCUCCAAUCUCUCUCUGCACCGGAGAACUCAUAAAGGAAUAAAACCUCACGAGUGCAGUGAAUGUGGGAAGGCAUUCCCUCAGAAGUCUGACCUUACUCGCCACAUUAGUACCCAUACUGGAGAGAAACCCUAUGAAUGCACGGAAUGUGGAAAAUCCUUCACCCGGAGCACUGGUCUUUCGUGCCAUAAGAGAAUACAUACUGGAGAGAAACCUUAUCAAUGUAAUGAAUGUGGGAAGGCCUUUACUACCAGUUCAUCCCUUACUUACCAUCACACAGUUCAUACUGGGAAGAGACCAUAUGAAUGCAGUGAAUGUGGGAAGGCCUUCCGCUUAAGCACACAUCUUACUGAACAUCAGAGAAUUCAUACUGGAGAGAAACCUUACAAAUGUAAUGAAUGUAAUAAAACGUUCACCUAUAGCUCAUCCCUUACUUCUCAUCAAAGAAUUCAUACAGGAGAGAAACCAUAUGAAUGCAGUGAAUGUGGGAAAACUUUCACCUAUAGCUUAUCCCUUACUUAUCAUCUCAGAAUUCAUACUGGAGAGAAACCAUUUGAAUGUAAUGAAUGUGGAAAGGCCUUCCACUUAAGUUCACAUCUUACUGAACACCAGAGGCUUCAUACUGGAGAGAAACCUUACAAAUGUAAUGAAUGUAGGAAGGCUUUCCGCUUGAAUAUUCAAUUUACUCUACAUCAGAGAAUCCAUACUGGAGAGAAACCUUUGAAGCCUUAUGAAUGUAAUGAAUGUGGGAAGGCCUUCAAUCGCAACUCAUCCCUUACUUACCAUCAGAGAAUUCAUACUGGAGAGAAACCAUAUGAAUGUAAUAAAUGUGGGAAGACCUUUCAACAAAAUUCAUAUCUUAGGAAACAUCAGAAAAUUCAUACUGGAAGAAAACCUUACGAAUGCGAUGAAUGUGGGAAGGCUUUCCACUGGAGAACACAGCUUACUGAACAUAAGAGAGUUCAUACUGGAGAGAAACCUUAUGUAUGUAAUGAAUGUGGGAAGUCCUUUCUCUGGAGUAGUAACUUUACUAGGCACCAGAGAACUCAUACUGGAAUAAAACCUUAUAAAUGCAGUGAAUGUGGGAAGGCCUUUUGCCAGAACUCCUAUCUUAGGAAACAUCAGAAAAUUCAUACUGGAGAGAAACCUUAUGAAUGUAAUGAAUGUGGGAAAACCUUCCAAUGUAGAACACGGCUAGCUAAACAUCAGAGAAUUCAUACUGGAGAGAAACCUUUUGUAUGCAUCAAAUGUGGGAAGGCUUUCCUCUGGAGUACUGACCUUAUUAGGCACCACAGAACUCAUACUGGAGAGAAAUGUUAUGAAUGCAACGAAUGUGGGGAGGCCUUUUGUGAUAAGACAGCUCUUACCCAACAUCAUAAAAUUCAUACUGGAGAGAGACCCUAUAAAUGCAAUGAAUGUGGGAAGGCUUUUCACCAUAACUCACAUCUUAUUCAGCAUCAUAAAGUUCAUACUGGAGAGAAACCUUAUGAAUGUAAUGAAUGCGGGAAGGCCUUUGCCUGGAAGACAGCACUUACUAAACACCAAAGGAUCCAUACUGGAGAGAAACCCUAUGAAUGUUAUGAAUGUGGGAAAGCUUUUACCUGGAGCACAGCACUUACUCAACAUCAGAAAAUUCAUACUGGAGAGAAACCUUAUAAAUGCAGUGAAUGCAAGAAGGCUUUCUGUGUAAGGGCAGAACUUAAUCAACAUUAUAGAGUUCAUAGUGGAGAAAAACCCUAUAAAUGUAAUGAAUGUGGGAAGGCAUACUCUCGGAGCACAACGCUCAUUCGACAUUAUAGCAUUCAUACUGGAGAGAAACCUUAUUAGUGUAAUAAAUGUAGAAACUCCUUCUGGAGCACGGAGUACACUCCAACUGGAGGGAAGAAAGCUUGUGAGUGCAAUGAAUGUGGAAAGCCUUUCUGUCAGAGAAUAAAACUUACUGAACAUCAGACAAUUCUACCGGAGAAAAGUAAGACUUUUCUCCAGGAGAAAUACAUAGCCAAAUAUAUUGAAUACUAGAGGGAAAUCAUAUGAAUAUAGCUAGCUCUUCAGUGAAUGAUGGUAAAGCAUGCCACUUGACCCUUCAGCCAAAAUGUAGUGUGGAGGUACAGAAAAAGGUGUACACUUUCAGACAUGGCCAGUGUGUGUGGAUUUGUUUUGUUUGUCCAAGUUUAUUUGUUAUAACGGCAGAGGGAAGUCAGUGGAAAAUGACAGUGAUGUUAAAGGAAGGAAAGAACAUCAGUAAAAGAAAAAGUCCUUUGAUCACAGCAUGUGACUUAAUGAAUGUCCUACUUUUGUGGAAAAGAUAUGAAGGCUAGCCUAUAGAAUAGCUAGGUGAGAUUAGAACUGUUUGAAUGGCUGCACCCAAAGAGUAGUCAUUAUUGGUUCAACAGCAGCUUGGAAGAUGCUAUCUCCUCAAGUUAACAGUGUUAUUAAUGCCUUGUAUAAAACCAUAGGUGACAUGCUUAUAAGAUUUGUAGACACAAAGCUGGGGGGCAUGGUGGGCGAAAGAUGAAAUGAAUGAGGAAACAAAGAUUCAAGCUUCUGAGCGUAUCGAUUUAUUAAGCAAUGCAUGCCAAUUGUCCAACAAAUUGGGACCAAUAGACUUCCUGAGAAAGGGGGAGACAAAUAUUUAUGCAUUUAAAAUGAUCAAAUAAGACCAAUUAAAAGAAUAACCAGGAUACAAAAUUGGGU